UUUGCCUCCACUCUUCUUCCCUCCCCUCCUCCGGAUCGAUCGCUGGCUGAGGAGACCGCCGAAGGGUUGGGUGCUUGGUGGGCUUGUCCUUGGUCCCUCCUGCCCGUUUGCCGAGAGUCAAGGGUAUCUCUUGGGCAGGCUCGGGGAAGAUGCUGUUCCUCCUGGUGAUGUGAUUGCAUAGCAACACAGCAGCGCGGGGCGGUGGAGGAGGAGAGGCAGGGAGCCUGCCGACAGCAGCGCUCAGCCUCAGCAUGCAUCCCUGUCACAGGGACUCCUUUGCUGAUUCACAGAGGCAGCCCCCGUCCCUGCUGCCUCCCCAGCGCCUCGGACCCGCUGGACUCGGAAGGUGCUCGUGCCCAGAGUUGUCUCCAUCCCCAUGAACAUUGGUUCUGAUGCAGCCCCUGGUGAUGCAGGAAUGGCCCUAUGUCCUCCCACGAUGUCCUGAGUGGCACCUCACAGACCAGGCUCCGCACAGCAACACUGCCCACCCGCUGCCUCAGGUUGAAGGCUCACAGGAUGGUGCAGGACCUUUGUGUGUAAACCCCCGGGCUCCGAGCGGUGCUGCCGGGCCCCAGGCCCAUCUGGAGAUGAAUCUUUGCUGGAACGAGAUCAAAAAGAAAUCCCACAGCCUUCGGGCUCGGCUGGAGGCCUUUUCUGACCACAGUGGGAAGCUGCAGGUGCCUCUCCAGGAGAUCAUAGACUGGCUCGGGGAGAAGGAUGAGGAGCUCUCGGCACAGCUGCCCCUGCGGGGAGAUGUCCUCCUGGUGCAGCAGGAAAAGGAGACACACGCGGCUUUCAUGGAAGAAGUGAAGUCUCGGGGACCAUACAUUUACUCUGUCCUGGAGUCAGCACAGGCUUUCCUUUCCCAGCAUCCGUUUGAAGAAUUAGAAGAACCAACUUCAGAAAGCAAAGAUGUCUCUCCCCGGCACCGCAUCCAGAACAUCAGCCGCUUUGUCUGGAAGCAGGCCAACGUGGCCAGUGAGCUGUGGGAGAAGCUCACGGCCCGGUGCGUGGACCAGCACCGUCACAUCGAACGGACGCUGGAGCAGCUGCUGGAGAUUAAAGGGGCCAUGGAGGAGCUCAGCACGGCACUGGACCAGGCUGAAAGCGUGCGAGAGACCUGGGAACCCAUUGGGGACCUCUUCAUUGACUCCUUGCCAGAGCACAUCCAGUCAACCAAGCUGUUCAAAGAGGAGCUCUCCCCCAUGAAGGACGGGGUGAAAGUGGUCAAUGACCUUGCGCACCAGCUUGCCAUCUCAGAUGUCCACCUCUCCAUGGAGAACUCCCGUACCCUGGAGCAGAUCAACACGCGCUGGAAGCAGCUGCAGGCCUCCAUAAAUGAACGCCUGAAGCAGCUCCAAGAUGCUCACCGGGACUUCGGACCAGGCUCCCAACACUUCCUCUCCUCCUCUGUCCAGGUCCCCUGGGAGCGAGCCAUUUCCCCCAACAAAGUGCCGUACUACAUCAACCACCAGGCCCAGACGACGUGCUGGGAUCACCCGAAGAUGACGGAGUUGUACCAGACGCUGGCGGAUUUGAACAACAUCAAGUUCUCAGCGUAUCGGACGGCUAUGAAACUACGGCGGGUGCAAAAAGCCCUUCGAUUGGACAUGGUGACCCUGGCCACUGCCUUGGAAAUCUUCAACGAGCACGACCUGCAGCCCAGUGACCGGGCAAUGGACGUGGUGGAGGUCAUCCACUGCUUGACUGCCCUCUACGAGAGGCUGGAGGAGGAGAGGGGCAUCCUGGUGAACGUGCCCCUCUGCGUGGACAUGAGCCUCAACUGGCUGCUGAACGUCUUUGACAGUGGCCGCAGCGGGAAGAUGAGGGCUCUCUCCUUCAAGACGGGCAUCGCGUGUCUGUGUGGGACAGAAGUCAAGGAGAAGUUUCAGUAUCUCUUCAGCCAAGUGGCAAACGCCGGGGGACUGUGUGACCAGCGGCACCUCGGUGUCCUGCUCCACGAGGCCAUCCAGGUCCCACGCCAGCUGGGGGAGGUGGCAGCGUUUGGGGGCAGCAACGUGGAGCCCAGCAUCCGCAGCUGCUUCCGCUUUAGCAAUGGGAAGCCCGCCAUCGAGGCAUCCCAGUUCUUGGAGUGGGCCAACCUGGAGCCACAGUCCAUGGUGUGGCUGGCCGUGCUGCACCGGGUGACCAUGGCUGAGCAAGUGAAACACCAGACCAAGUGCUCCGUCUGCCGGCAGUGCCCCAUCAAGGGCUUCAGGUAUCGGAGCCUGAAGCAGUUCAAUGUGGAUAUCUGCCAGACGUGCUUCCUCACCGGGCGAGCCAGCAAGGGCAACAAGCUGCACUACCCCAUCAUGGAGUACUACACCCCGACCACGUCCAGUGAGAACAUGAGGGACUUUGCCACAACCCUGAAGAACAAGUUUAGGUCCAAGCAGUACUUCAGCAAGCACCCACAGAGAGGUUACCUGCCCGUCCAGUCCGUGCUCGAGGCUGACUUCUCCGAGACACCAGCCUCCUCCCCGAUGUUACCACACGCUGACACCCACUCCCGGAUCGAGCACUUUGCCAGCAGGCUUGCAGAGAUGGAAAGCCAGAACUGUUCCUUCUUCAGUGACAGCCUGUCCCCCGAUGAUAGCCUGGACGAGGAUCAGUACCUGCUGCGCCAUUCCAGCCCCAUCACCGACAGAGAGCCUGGGGGCAGCCAGCAGGUUCCAGGGAGCCUCAACAUGGAUGACAAGGGAGAGCUGGAGAGAAUCCUGGCCCACUUAGAGGAUGAAAACAGGGUCCUCCAGGGAGAGCUGAGACGUUUGAAAUGGCAGCAUGAUGAAGCGGUGGAGUCUCCAACCUUGGCUACGGGCUCCCCUGAAUCAGUGCAAGACCCACGUAAUGAGGAGCUCCUGGCAGAAGCACGAAUCCUCCGGCAGCACAAGAGCCGCCUGGAGACCCGCAUGCAGAUCCUGGAGGACCACAACAAGCAGCUGGAGUCCCAGCUGCACCGGCUGAGGGAACUGCUGCUGCAGCCUCCGGCAGAGUCAGAUGGCAACGGUUCAGCAGCCUCUUCCUUGGCUUCAUCUCCGCAUCAGUCUGAAGGCAGCCAGGCAAAGGAGAAAGAGCACAACACCCCGGACACAGAAGCUGCAGACGAGGUGGAAGCCAAAACCCAGGAAGUCAGCAUGUGCCUGGAAGACAUCAUGGAGAAGCUGCGAAGCGCCUUCCCCAACUCUCGAGGUACUCGAGUGAAAUCCCCCUCUCUGGCCUCUUACUGCUCCCUCAGAUGAGGUUUUCCCCGCAGAGCCCUGCCCCGAUCCCAGCUUCCCUGUGGCCGCUGAUCCCCCACGGCACCUACAGCUGGGACUGGUGUGUGUGGUCUGGGCACAGAGAGGAUGAGGAGGAGGUUUCACACCUGCGAGGAGAGGCGAUCAGAGCUGCCAAGAGUACGGACCAACUAGAUCCCCCUCCCAGAUGAGCUGCAAAGCACCCUCCCGCCCUGCUUGGGACCCCCUACUCUGUGGGGGUCCCCACUGCGAAGAUGGACAGACCUGCCAGCAUGGAGUUUGCAGCGAUCACCUUGAGCACCCACCUCCUCUCUUCGUCCCCAUCGAGGCCCCCAGUUACCUGGCAAGAUGGAAGCAAUGGUGCAAGCUCUCCUGGCUGCUCAUGGACGGCUCUUCCCAGUGGGGACGGGGACUGGGGGAUGCCUGUGUGGAUGGUGCUCCCCUCACACAGUGGGCUUUGGUGUUGGUCUUUCUACUGUCCCUCCAUGCUCCAGAGUCAGUCCCUCACCCAGGCUGCCCAUGUGUGUGUCCAGGGGAGAUACUGCUUGGUGCCAGCACUAACACAAGGCUGGGGAGAGCUCCCCUCUCUGCCCACACAGACCCUUGCCCGUUUUCUGCCGUCCCUGAGCAGCCCUGUUCUAACCAGCUGGCUCCAGGUCCUGUUUUCCUGACCCUUUCCAUUUCUCUUUCAGGUAUGACCUCCCUUAUCUAACACCUCCUGUGAGCCAGAGGCUUUUCCUAACCACCUACCUGGCUGCUUUCCUCCCCCUCCUCUCCCUGCCAUGCUCCCCGUGCUGCGGCAGACCUCGCACAGACUCCCUCCGAGCCGGUCGUGCAGGAUGCUUGCCAGCUCCCGAAGAUCUCAGGGGAACAUAGGUCAUGCAGGAGUGGGACUGUGGGCUCCCUAGAAGGCUGGCUCAGCCACAGUUGUCCAAGCCUGGGUGGAAAGGUUGAGAAGAAAGAACUGAAGCCAUGAAAGCUGCCUGUCUCCCCCGGCACGGGGCUCCUGGGCUGCUGCCUUUGACCGCAGCCCUCGGGGGAUGCAGAGUUCAGCAUCCCGCUCCUCUUCAGUUGUGCCCAGGAGCCUCCAGGUUUUAUGGCCACCAAAACACUCCUGGAGCCACCCAGUUUUUUUAAAAAGAACUCUUUCUAACAGCAUCCAGCUGCCAGCCUUAUGGAUUGAACUCUCUCUGCCACCCAGGGCUCUGCAGCCAGCCAGGCAUGUACCGUCUGGUGGGGAGCGCCUGCGAGGUUUAUGGAGUAGGGAUGAGUCCAUGUUAGAGCUUCAGCCCAGCUAGUAGCCUUAUCUUGAGAGGGUCUUUAUAACAGAGCCUUAUCAUUUAAUUUGCAUAUAUUUCUAUAUAUUAUAUAUAUAUAUUCUGUACUUAAAUACUCUCAUGGACUCACUCCAUUAAAUUCUAAUACUGUAAAUGCAGCUGCCCUUCACUUUCAGCCCGGCCCCAACCUCUGCUCCUACGGGGACCAGCACCUUCCCUGUUGCUGGAGCUGCUUUGGAGCAGGGGAGCUCAGCAGAGGGGCUGGACCGGCAGCAGGUAACUCCAUCCCACCUGGUUUCCUGGGAAGCUGUGCCUUUGCCGUGGCACAGAGCACCCUGUCCUGCCCAGACCCAGCUCCAUCCCUGGCUCCUGCAGCUGCCCAUCCCCACAGUGCUGCAGGAAGGGGUUUCUCCAGCCAUAAUUCCAGCCCUGGGGCCACCAGGACGUUGGAAACAGUAGGACUGGCAGGGCACCUCCUUGCUGCCCUGCUGCUGUCCCCCAGUUUGAGCUGGGCUGAAGGACUGGAGGCACUGAUUGGAAGAAGGUGAGUCCUUCUGGGCAGUGGACAAGGCUGUUGUGUAAGCUGGUGGGGUAGCUCGAUGGUGGUGGUGGCUCCUGGUCCCAAAGGCUCCCUCAGGCUGGCUGUCUCAUGUUGUGUUAUGUCGAGAAAGAGGUAGAGUCAGGUGCUGUGGGGUGCCCCAGAGCGGAGGCUGAGAUGGCCCCGAUGCUCUGGGGCCAUGGGCUGCAGAGGGAGGAGAUGCCCAAACCCAGGGGGCAGGUAGGACUGCGUGAUGGUGUAUGGCAUCCUGCCCCAAACAGGGCUUGCUGCGGGACAGGGACAGGGCUGUCAUUGCUGGCUGGGACAGGACGUGGUGGUGAGCAGUUCAAGGAGGUUGGGACCAAGGCAGCAUGUGGUUGGCUUUGGUGUGCUGGCAGAGGUGGCAAAGCAGCACUCAAAGGCAACAUGUGGUUGGCUUCAUCGUGCUGGCAGAGGUGCCAGGCAGUGCCCACAGUGGGGAUUAGACAGUGUGAGCCCUACAGCCGGGUGUUGGGGACCUUGUGCUGCAGUGUCUGCUCGCAGAGGUGCAGAUUGCUGUCCUUGCCAUCCACUCUCAGACCCGGAGGAGCGGCAGGAGAGCAGUGGUGCUGGCACUGGUGUUAUGCUGGCUGUAACACGCUGUGUUAGACAGCGGUGAGGGACCACACACCAGCCUGCGAGACCCAGCUGGACUACCACCUCCAGUUAUCCCAGUGGCAGGAUGGGGGGGACCGUGGGGAGGAUCGAGGUUUUGGCCUGAGGGAUGAGGUCAGGAGCACCCAGCCUGGGGGGAGCUGGAGGGAAGGAAAAAGCAGGAGGAGCUGCUGGUCCUGGUGCCAGGCGUGGGGAGCAGUGGUGGCCAGGCUGGGUGCUUGGGAGCUGGGAUGGGGCAGGGAGGGGAGCAGGCUGGCUAAUGCUCUGGUAACCAUGUACCGUGGUGCUGCUGUCCUCGCUGCUUCGCACCAUCUCUGCUUUGG